AUACAAGAUAUUUUUGUCCUGUCACCACAAAUUUCUUCAUGACCCAUUACAAAUUCUGUACCUUAAACAAAGUUAUAGCAAGUGGGUCAUCUCUAAUAACUAAACUCCAUGGACUCAGACAUGGAUACCACUGUCACCUCCAACACCCUCAAAAACACUGUGUUGGAGACAUUGCAUUUGGUAGCUUCACUUGGGAUUAUAAUUGCAGUGGAUAAAAUCUUGGAACGGGUUUUUGUUGUUCUGGGGAUUAAGUUUCCUAGUGCACUGUUUGGGAUGUUUUGCAUAUUCUCUAUUUUAGUGUUUCUUGAUUUGACGUUCCCUGAAGCAGCAACUAAUUUGAUGGACUUUUUUGAGCCUGCCCUUUUAUUUAUUCAGAGAUGGCUUCCAUUGUUCUAUGUUCCUGCCUUGGUGGUCUUGCCUAUUUCUAUUCAAGAUAUUCCUGCGGCUUCCGGGAUCAAAAUCUGCUUUAUUAUAGUUGGAGGUUGGCUAGCUACGCUCAUUGUUGCAGGUUAUACAGCUAUAGCUGUACGGAAAAUGGUUAAAACAGAACUGAUACCUGCUGAGCCAAUGUCGAGACCUUCUUCGUUUUCUCAAACAGAGGUCAGGGUCUGGACUGGCUUCUUCAUUGUAUCAUUUGUAGCAGCACUUAUACACCCGACAUUACUUGGCACACAUGCCAUUACAUACCUUCCAUUUCUACUGGCAGCUACAGUUCUGGGCUACAUGGUUGGUUGUAGACUGCCAUCAUGUGCGAUGAAAGUUAUCCAUCCAAUCAUUUCUUGUGUACUAUUUGCAGAAAUUGCAGCACUUGCUUUUGGGUUCCUUUCUCGAGCAGGGUUCUAUAAUGUUCUAGGAGAUUACCUUACAAAAGUCCCAUCAAACCCUGGAGCCGGUGACAUUUUAAUGGGACUUUUGAACUCCGUUAUUCUCUCAUUUGCCUUCUCAAUGUAUAAACAGAAGAAGCUUGUGAGGAGACACGCAAGCGAGAUUUUCACAGCAGUAAUCAUCUCAGCCUUAUUUUCAUUGUAUUCCACUGCACUUGUGGGACGGCUUGUUGGGCUAGAACAAUAUUUAACUGUAUCUAGUCUACCUAGAUGUAUCACUGUGGCAUUGGCACUCAGCAUCGCCUCACUUUUUGAAGUUGCCGAUUCAUCCAUCACAGCUGCAGUUGUUGUACUAACGGGUUUAGUUGGAGCAAAUUUUGUGAAAGCGGUACUCGAUAAACUACGGUUUCGGGAUCCCAUUGCUCGUGGAGUUGCAACUGCAUCCAGUUGUCAUGGAUUCGGGACAGCAGCACUGUCAGCAAAUGAACCAGAGGCUCUACCUUUUUGUGCUAUUGCAUAUGCUCUCACCGGCAUAUCCGCGUCUCUCUUCUGUUCAGUACCAGCAUUCAGACAAAGUCUAUUGGUCGUAGUUGGCUGAAAGGAUCACCACUGAUAACACGAUCUCACACAAUUCAGGCAAUGAGAAAAUUUAUGAGAUGUGAAUCCUAUAGCCCUCUCAGAAAGUUGCGGAAAAGCAUACACGAUGCUAGUUGUAAGAAUGGUAUCAUCUACAUAGUUGUAAAGUUAUAUUAAAAUUUACUUAUUUAGUAUCAAGAUAGAGUGUGUAGCUUGCAGCGAAUGCGAUCCACGCUUACAAGUACCUGCGAGCUUCAAAUGGUACUUAAAAUGUACAAAUGAAGCAUUUCUACUUGAGAAAUUUUCUCUGUUUGUAUAGCAACUGAAGCUUUCUUCGCCAACCUACAUGAAGAUAUACCGAAGGACAGAUACUUCUGCGA